CUCCUACCAAAAUCACAGUUCGGUGGAGCCAGCUUUCAUUCACAGCUUUCUAGAGAAAUCUAAGCCCGAACCUGCCAGAAUAGGGGAUCUCACCCACCCAGCUCAGCAGCGAGGACACCUGCAGAAACACAUUCCCAAAGCAAGGCUGGGCGGCCGUGUGAAGUAAAUGAUGACCUCGGUUUUGCUUCUCUCUUGGAUGGAAAUUACCCCAUAGGCCUGAAUGUCCUACUCCUCUCCAGGGACAGAAAGAAGACCUCCUCUUUGUCUUUUUUUGGUGGCAGUCUUGUGAAAACACUGUUGAAUGGGCCACAGAUUCAGCAGACCAUCAGGUGAAUGGGACCAGUCUCUCUUCUUUCAAAAUAUCAGAAAUUAAGCAGUUGGAAAGGAGAUUUGGCCAAGAUGACCCACCUACAGGCUGGACUCAGUCCAGAGACUAUAGAGAAAGCUCGCCUGGAACUGAAUGAGAAUCCAGAUGUUUUACAUCAGGAUAUUCAGCAAGUCAGGGACAUGAUCAUCACCAGACCUGACAUUGGGUUUUUACGUACAGAUGAUGCCUUCAUUCUGAGGUUUCUCCGAGCCAGGAAGUUUCACCAAGCAGAUGCCUUUAGACUCCUGGCCCAGUACUUCCAGUACCGCCAGCUAAAUCUGGACAUGUUCAAAAACUUCAAGGCAGAUGAUCCUGGCAUUAAGAGGGCUCUGAUCGAUGGGUUCCCUGGAGUGCUGGAAAACUGCGACCACUAUGGCAGGAAGAUCCUUCUGCUGUUUGCAGCCAAUUGGGAUCAGAGUAGGAACUCCUUCACAGACAUCUUGCGUGCCAUCUUGCUGUCACUGGAAGUCCUUAUUGAAGAUGCAGAGCUUCAGAUAAAUGGUUUCAUUUUAAUUAUAGACUGGAGUAAUUUUUCCUUCAAACAAGCCUCCAAACUUACCCCUUCUAUCCUCAAAUUGGCCAUUGAAGGGUUACAGGACAGCUUUCCUGCCCGCUUUGGAGGAGUCCAUUUUGUCAACCAGCCUUGGUACAUCCAUGCCUUGUACACACUCAUCAAACCAUUCCUUAAAGACAAGACAAGGAAAAGGAUUUUCCUGCAUGGAAACAAUUUAAACAGCCUUCAUCAGCUAAUACACCCUGAAUUUUUGCCCUCUGAAUUUGGAGGAACCCUUCCUCCUUAUGACAUGGGGACAUGGGCUCGGACAUUGCUCGGCCCUGACUACAGUGAUGAAAAUGACUAUACUCAUACUUCCUAUAAUGCAAUGCAUGUGAAACAUACAUCCUCCAAUCUGGAGAGAGAAUGCUCCCCCAAGCUGAUGAAAAGAUCUCAGUCUGUGGUAGAAGCUGGGACCCUGAAACAUGAGGAGAAGGGAGAGAGCGAGAAUACCCAGCCGCUCCUGGCUCUUGACUGAACCUGAGUCACCUAGACACUCUGCAUAUUGCCAGCCUUCAGUGGUUCCAGCCUCCCAGGAAGCACACGCUCAACUGACCCUCAAAGACACGUGCAUCUGGCUUGACCCACGUCCUCCACUCUGCCAUCCAGUAAUGAACGUCACCAGCCAUUGGUCUGAGCAGCCAAAGUUGAGCAAAGACUUGAGAGAUUUUUUUUAGUAUGGGGAUUUGAUGAUGAAGCAAGGCAUUCAUGUAAACAAAAGUCCCCUCCUUCCUUAUGUAUGGUAUUAAAUGAAUUGAAAAAGAAAAAUUAAAUUUGAU